CAUCCUCAAACCCGGCUGCUCCGCGCUGGGCUCGGGAGGGGGGCGGCUGCGGGUGGAGGUGCGCUUCUGACAAGCCCGAAAGUCAUUUCCAACCUCAAGUGGACUUUGUUCCAACUAUUGGGGGCGUCGCUCCCCCUCUUCAUGGUCGCGGGCAAACUUCCUCCUCGGCGCCGCUUCUAAUGGAGCCCCACCUGCUCGGGCUGCUCCUCGGCCUCCUGCUCGGUGGCACCAGGGUCCUCGCCGGCUACCCAAUUUGGUGGUCACUGGCCCUGGGCCAGCAGUACACAUCUCUGGGCUCACAGCCCCUGCUCUGCGGCUCCAUCCCAGGCCUGGUCCCCAAGCAACUGCGCUUCUGCCGCAAUUACAUCGAGAUCAUGCCCAGCGUGGCCGAGGGUGUGAAGCUGGGCAUCCAGGAGUGCCAGCACCAGUUCCGGGGCCGCCGCUGGAACUGUACCACCAUAGAUGACAGCCUAGCCAUCUUCGGGCCCGUCUUAGACAAAGCCACCCGCGAGUCGGCCUUCGUGCAUGCCAUCGCCUCGGCCGGCGUGGCCUUCGCCGUCACGCGCUCCUGCGCCGAGGGCACCUCCACCAUCUGCGGCUGCGAUUCUCAUCAUAAGGGGCCACCCGGAGAAGGCUGGAAGUGGGGCGGCUGCAGCGAGGACGCCGAUUUCGGGGUGCUAGUGUCCCGGGAGUUCGCAGACGCUCGUGAGAACAGGCCAGAUGCGCGCUCCGCAAUGAACAAACACAACAACGAGGCAGGCCGCACGACCAUCCUGGAUCACAUGCACCUCAAGUGCAAGUGCCAUGGACUGUCGGGCAGCUGCGAGGUGAAGACCUGCUGGUGGGCCCAGCCUGACUUCCGUGCUAUCGGGGAUUUCCUCAAGGACAAGUACGACAGCGCCUCAGAGAUGGUGGUGGAGAAGCACCGGGAGUCCCGAGGCUGGGUGGAGACUCUCCGGGCCAAGUACGCGCUCUUCAAGCCACCUACCGAGAGGGACCUGGUCUACUAUGAGAACUCCCCCAACUUUUGUGAACCCAACCCGGAGACGGGCUCCUUUGGCACCAGGGACCGGACUUGCAAUGUCACCUCCCAUGGCAUUGAUGGUUGCGAUCUGCUUUGCUGUGGCCGAGGCCAUAACACGAGGACGGAGAAGCGGAAGGAGAAGUGCCACUGCAUCUUCCACUGGUGCUGCUACGUCAGCUGCCAGGAGUGCAUCCGCAUCUACGAUGUGCACACCUGCAAGUAGAGAGCCAGGACACUGGGAAGGGGUAAAGUGUGCGGCUGGGCGGAUUCACUGAAGUCCCACGGGAAGCAGGACCUAGAGCCAGCCAACCCUUGGCAUCCGCCAGCAAGGAGCACGGACUGUUGCCAGCUGCACCUGGGAAGUGACUGGACCCCGCCAGCCUGCUGAUGGGAGGCGCUCCCCCCUCCCAUCCUCACGUUUCUCACCCUGCUCUGGACGGUGUGUGGUUUUUUUUUUACAGAGGGGCUUUCUUUUUAGUUCUCCAGGGUCUGGUAGGAACAGACCCGAGGCUUACCUUUGCACAUGUUAAAGAAAAUAAAAAUGAAAAAAAAAAAAUCUACUCCGACAGAACAGGCUGGGCUAAUGCGAGCUCUCGGCCU